UUGUCCACUCUAUCUUCUCGCCUUAAAACCCCCCCACUGUAAAACCUCUACCAGUACUAUGAACCAUAGUCUUCCCUCUCCGCCUCUCAGACGAUGGCGUCUUCAUCUCAAACUCCUCACUUCCAUCUCAAUCCAUCAAAGUCGAAACCUUUCCAUAGAAAAUCUCGUAACCACAGAAACGUCAAUUUCCACUGGAAUUUCGGAAUCCGAAAACUCAUCUUGAGAAAAUCUCAAGGACUAUCAGUCCUCAGCUCGAGUUCCAGCAGCACCCACUUCUCCAAUUCCCAAUUACACGGCCUCUGCGCGAACGGGAAGCUGGAUGAAGCCAUAAAGCUCGUCGCUUCGAUGCAGGAGCUGCGAGUUACGGUAGACGAAGACGCGUUCGUGGCCUUGGUGAGGCUGUGCGAGUGGAAGAGAGCGCACGAAGAAGGAUCCAAGGUUUAUGAUAUCGCUAUGGGUUCAAUGAGCAGCUUGGGCGUUGAGUUAGGUAACGCGUUUUUGGCUAUGUUCGUGAGGUUUGGGAAUUUGGUUGAUGCCUGGUACGUGUUCGGUAAAAUGUCUGAGAGAGAUUUGUUUUCUUGGAACGUGUUGGUCGGUGGGUAUGCUAAGCAAGGGUAUUUCGAUGAGGCGAUGUGUUUGUAUCAUAGGAUGUUGUGGGUUGGUGGUGUGAAGCCUGAUGUUUAUACUUUCCCUUGUGUGUUGAGAACCUGUGGAGGUAUACCUGAUCUCGCUAGAGGAAGAGAGGUUCAUGUUCAUGUGGUUAGGUAUGGGUAUGAGUUGGAGAUUGAUGUGGUUAACGCUUUGAUUACUAUGUAUGUGAAGUGUGGUGAUGUGGGGAGUGCGAGGUUGGUUUUUGAUAGGAUGCCUAGAAGGGAUUUGAUCUCGUGGAAUGCGAUGAUCUCUGGGUAUUUUGAGAAUGGGAUGUGUUGUGAAGGUCUUGAGUUGUUUUUUGCUAUGCGUGGGCUUUCUGUUGAUCCGGAUUUGAUGACUAUGACGAGUGUUAUCUCUGCUUGUGAGCUUCUUGGUGAUGGGAGGUUAGGGAGGGAUAUUCACGCUUAUGUGAUAACCUCAGGUUUCGCUGUUGAUAUGUCUGUCUGCAACUCGUUAACUCAGAUGUACUUAUACGCUGGGUCAUGGCGUGAAGCUGAAAAGGUUUUUAGUAGGAUGGAGCGCAAAGACAUUGUGUCAUGGACCACUAUGAUUUCAGGCUAUGAGUAUAAUUUUCUUCCCGGAAGGGCCAUAGACGCUUACAGAAUGAUGGAUCAAGAUUGUGUGAAGCCAGAUGAGAUAGCAGUAGCUGCUGUUCUAUCUGCUUGCGCUACUCUAGGUGAUCUUGACACAGGUGUUGAGCUCCAUAAGCUUGCGAUUAAGGCGAGGCUCGUAUCCUACGUGAUUGUUGCAAACAAUCUCAUUAAUAUGUACUCAAAGUGCAAAUGCAUCGACAAGGCCUUGGACGUCUUUCACAACAUCCCCCGCAAGAACGUCAUAUCUUGGACAUCGAUCAUUGCAGGGCUCCGACUCAACAACCGGUGCUUUGAGGCGUUGAUAUUCUUCCGGCAAAUGAAAAUGACGCUGCAGCCAAAUGCGAUAACAUUGACAGCUGCAUUAGCAGCUUGUGCUAGAAUAGGGGCUCUGAUGUGUGGGAAAGAGAUUCAUGCUCAUGUGCUGAGAACAAAAGUGGGGCUUGAUGAUUUUCUUCCAAAUGCACUCUUAGACAUGUAUGUACGGUGCGGGAGGAUGAACAUCGCUUGGAAUCUGUUCAACUCCCAGAGAAACGAUGUUUCAUCGUGGAACAUUCUCCUAACCGGAUAUUCAGAACGGGGUCAAGGCUCGGUGGUGGUGGAGUUAUUCGACAGAAUGAUUAAGUCCAGAGUAAGACCAGAUGAGAUUACAUUCAUCUCACUGUUAUGUGGCUGUAGCAAAUCACAAAUGGUCAAAGAAGGUUUGACAUACUUUAGCAGAAUGGAGGAGUAUGGAGUGACCCCAAACUUGAAGCACUACGCUUGCGUUGUUGAUUUGCUUGGCCGUGCAGGGGAGUUAGAAGAAGCUCACAGCUUUAUACAGAGAAUGCCACUUGUACCAGAUCCAGCGGUAUGGGGAGCCUUGCUUAACGCCUGCAGGAUUCACCGUGACAUUAAAUUCGGCGAGCUAUCAGCAAAACGUAUAUUUGAGCUGGACAAAGAGAGUGUUGGCUAUUACAUUCUGUUAUGUAAUCUGUAUGCUGAUUGUAACAAAUGGAGAGAAGUUGCUAAAGUGAGAAGAAUGAUGAAAGAGAACGGGCUAACAGUUGAUGCAGGUUGCAGUUGGGUGGAAGUAAAGGGUAAGGUACACGCCUUUCUUAGCGAUGACAAGUACCAUCCUCAAACAAAAGAGAUCAACACUGUUUUAGAGAGGUUCUACGAGAAAAUGAGUGAAGUGGGUGGGCUCACUAAAACAAGUUCUAUGGGCGAGGCUGAGAUUUCGAGAGAUGAGAUAUUCUGUGGACACAGCGAGAGGAAGGCAAUUGCUUUUGGUCUGAUCAACACGGUCCCAGGAAUGCCGAUUUGGGUGACAAAGAAUCUCAAUAUGUGCGAGAGUUGCCAUGAUACAGUGAAGUUCAUCUCCAAAACAGUAAGAAGAGAGAUCUCUGUUAGAGACGCUGAGCAUUUCCACCACUUUAGAGAUGGAGAAUGUUCAUGUGGAGAUUAGAAUGAAAAAAAGAAGGAAUACAUUACAUAAAGGUAUUGUUAAUGUUAUUACAAGUAAAGCUAGAUUAUAUAUUUGGCUUUGUUUUGUCUGUAACAUGUUCUGUAUGUAACAUUAGCUAUAGAUUCAAUCUUAAGUUUUAUUGAUUACCA